CGCUUAUUGAGUUUGGUUUGCUGCACUCUCAGUUUUUUUACGCAACUUUUUGAAUAAAAAUCUUUAGUUGAAUUUUUAAUUAAAAUCUAGAUUUUAAUUAAAAAACUGAGCUAAAUCAGUUAAAACAAACAAACAAACAAAAAAUAGAUUUUUUAUAGAUGAAUUUAUGAAUGAAUAUAGAUCUUUUUUAGCUGAAUUUUGUUGGGUGACCUUAUGUUCUAAAACAAGUUUCUGAACUGUUAUUAUUCCAGAUUCACCUAAGUUUCAUCUACGUUCUAAAACAUAUUAAUACUGUGAUUAUCAACAAGUUUAAAAAAUUGAUUGAAAAAUACUUACAGAAAUCUGUGGCUUCUGCAGUAGAGGUUGGUUCAGAUAAUCUCAAACUAGGAUUGGUAUUGUAUCUCAAACUAGAAUUGGUAUUGUAUCAAACUAGGAUUGGUAAUACCGCUUCAUUCAAGGCUUUCCAAAAACUUUUCUGACUUUAUGAGUUCAAAAGAUGAAGUACUCCUUUUACAAAAAUCAACAGUUUGAACUUAUAAUAAAGCAAUGCAUAUCAAAAAAAAAGUUAUUUGAGGAUCCUGAAUUUCCUGCUUCAGAUACGUCGCUCUUCUUUUCAAAACAUCAUACGUUUACGGCAGUUUGGAAAAGACCUGGAGAAAUUUGCGAUGACCCACAAAUGUUUGUUGAUGGUGCAAGUAGUGCUGACGUUACCCAGGGUAGAGUUGGGAACUGUUGGUUUGUUGCAGCUGCUGCAUCACUGGCUCUUGAAAAAGAUCUUUAUACUAAAGUUAUUCCGCAUCAUAGAACUUUAUCCUUUCAAAAAGAAUACUAUCAUGGCAUUUUCAGAUUUAGAUUUUGGCGGUUUGGAGAAUGGAUUGAAGUUGUUAUUGAUGACCGUCUACCUACUAUUAACGGUGAACUAAUUUAUGUAAAGUCUAAAACAAAAAAUGAAUUUUGGAGUGCUCUGUUAGAGAAAGCUUAUGCCAAAUUAUCUGGUUCGUAUGAAGCUCUUGAAUCUGGGAAUCCUGGUGAUGCUCUUGUUGAUUUCACAGGUGGAGUAAGUGAAAGAAUAGAUUUAGUUGAAGGUGAUUAUCAUAAUAAUUUAGAAAAGAAGAAAUUGUUACAUGUAAAAUUAAGCAAAUUGAUGUCACGGAAGUCUAUGAUUAGUGCUUCAAUCCAGGUUCAAAAUCGAGAUGAAAUGGAAUUACAAAUGGAUCAUGGUUUAGUUAAGGGACACGCAUAUAGCAUCUUGGCUGUAAAAAAAAUAAAAAUUGGAAAUGACCAUAUCUCAAUUUUUAAUGCCAAUAGGCUGUUCAUGGUCAAACUUAGAAAUCCAUGGGGUGACACAGAGUGGAAUGGUCCAUGGUCUGAUGGCUCCCCGCAAUGGAAUUUGUUAAGUGCUCAAGAACGAGAAAAGUAUGGAUUAGUUAAUGAAAAUAGUGGGGAAUUCUGGAUGUCAUUUGGCGACUUUUGCAAAUACUUUACAACUGUGACUGUUUGCAUAUUGGUAAAUACAUCAGUUAUUUCUUUUAAUAAAACAUAUCAUGAAGGUUCAGUGAAGAGUAAAUGGGAAGGCAAGAGUGCUGGUGGCUGCAUUACUAAUAAAGAAACAUUUCUUAAUAAUCCUCAGUUUUGUUUUGACAUGACAUCCGCAUCCAAAGAUGAAGUGUUUAUAAGUCUCAUGCAGCCAGAUACGAGGUCUAAAAGAGUGUCAGGAAAAGGAGAAAAUUUAACAAUUGGUAUAAUGCUUUUUAAAGUUGAAGCUAAUCGCAUCUACAGAUUACAUCAAUAUUAUGACCAAGCUGGGGAUAGUCAUUUUAGUAAUGCAAGGGAAAUAUUUGUUAGAUUUGAUCUUGACCCUGGUAGAUAUGUUAUGAUCCCUUCUACAUUUGAACCUGGUAUUUUUGGAUACUUUUUACUUCGUGUGUACACAGAUCAAAACAAUGCUUUUAGGCAGUUAACUGAAGAUGCACCAAAACCUGGAUGUUGCCCUUUUCUUCCAUGGUGUGCGCCUCCUCAUAUUCAAGUCUCAAUAAUUAUUAAAUCUGUUAAUAACUUGAAAAAUAUUGGAGCCACAAGUUUGAAUCCAUAUUGCAUUAUUGAAUGCAAUGGUUUAACUCUGUACACACCUAUUGUGUAUGAUAGUCUCAAUCCUACCUUUGAUUAUGGUGGACUUUUUUAUUUGAGUAAACAAGUGAAACCAAUGCUGAAAAUCCAGGUUUGGGGCUCAAAUACAUUGAUACCUGAUAUGUUUCUCGGUGAAAUUAUUUCAACAAUAGUUGUCAAAGAUAAGACCGUCCUUGAAAUGCAUACGCUUAUGGAAAGGAGUCAUGGUGGAAGGGUAUCAAGAGCUAACGGUACUAUUUCAUUUAAAAUAACUGCCUCAAAUAAAUUGACUUUCAUGUAAAUGCAUGGAUUUUGUUUUAAUUACUUGGAAUUGUUUUACUCUUUAAAAAUCGUAAUAUUAGCUCAGUAAAUGUAACAACAUUUCGCUAGUUAUUGUAAAAAUAGUUUCGCUGUUUAGAACGAAAAUCAUUUACUGUUUACUAAGAUAUUUUUUUACGUUUUAAUUUUUGUUUUAAUAUUUAAGCUUAAAAUGUGCAGAAAAAUUAUUCUUGACGUUUAUUCUAAAGAUUACU